AUGAGGAUGCUGUUUGGAGACCUGGCAGAAUUGGCAGAUAAAGCAUCCAAGUAUGAGGAACUGCUUAGGGAAGAACAGCAGAAGAGGAACUCAUCCAAAGGCACGUAUUACAAGUCACCUUCCUCUUCAAUACAUCUGGUUCAGGUGGAAUCAGAAGAGGAAGCAGAAUGCUCAGAGGAGGGAGAAGUUGCAGUAGCAGAAAUGGCAAAAUUGAAACAUCCCAUCACCUGCAAGGCCCUUACUAAGCCACCAAAGGAUCAGAAGCCACCACCUUUCACAAGAGGGUUUGUUUCGAGCAAACCAACACAGAAAAAGGUUUAUUCCUUUGAUCUAACCAAGGUGGAUGCUUUAUUUGAUGAAAUGUUGCUGCAAAAGGCAAUAGAGACACCCCACAGGAUACCCAAGCCAGAAGAGCUCAGGGGCAGGCAGUAUUGCAGGAUUGGAACCUCAUCCCAAGAUAGAGCUAGGCGGAAAGAGUAUCCUAGACCAGCCCAGCACAGCAGGAGGAUGACAGAGCAGCCCAAGAAGGAAAUAUCGAUCAAGAUGCCCGGAAAUGAGAAACCUCUGGUUGCUAUCAUAGAAGGAAGGUGGUAUGCUGUCGGGAAAAGUGGCAGACCAACUAUGGAAUUAACCAGAACCCAAAGAGGAGGGUUCAAAGGCAAUACUGCAUGUUCCUCAAGAACAAAAGUGAUGCACAGGCACCUCUGGAGAUCACUUCUGGCAGAAAAUGGGAAAGAUCAGGAAAUACUUCCCAUGCAGAACAAGUAA